CUUUCAUUGUAAGACCAGACUCGACAGGAUCAAACCACCCGCAUACAUCGACGUCGUCCAUGGCUUCUUCUGAUCUCUCCGGGAUCCUCCCUCGCGUCCUCAUCGUCUCGCGCCGCACCGUUCGCAAGAACAAGUUUGUCGAUUUCGUCGGUGAAUAUCACCUUGAUCUCAUAGUGGGAUAUGGCGCCGUCCCCGUAAGUCCCCGCGUGAACGGGGUCCACAUGCUGCUCGACAGCUUCGAGCCGAUCCAUGGCGUCCUCCUCUGCGAGGGCGAGGACAUCGACCCGUCACUCUACGAGCCCGAGGAUGCCACCAUCACACUCUCCCCCGAGGAGCUUGAGGAGGUGCGGAGGCUCCACGCGAGCGACACAGCCAUCGACCGUGAGAAAGACACGAUCGAGCUCCGCCUUGCGAAGCUGUGCCUCGAGCGCAACAUCCCUUACUUGGGGAUCUGCAGAGGCUCGCAGGUCUUGAAUGUUGCAUCUGGAGGCACGCUUUAUCAAGACAUUGAGAGAGAGGUCAGCAGGAAUUUUGCCCAAGAGAAGAGAGUGGCUCACAUAAAUUACAAUGAUUAUGAUGGGCACAGACAUGCGGUCAGGGUGUUGGAGAAGACUCCAUUGCAUGAGUGGUUUAAGGACUCAUUGGAGGACAAGACGAUGGAGAUAAUGGUGAACAGUUAUCACCACCAGGGGGUCAAGAGACUGGCUCAGAGGUUUGUUCCCAUGGCCUUUGCGCCUGAUGACUUGAUCGAAGGGUUCUACGAUCCGGAUGCUUAUAAUCCUGAAGAGGGCAAGUUCAUCAUGGGCCUCCAGUUUCACCCUGAGCGGAUGCGGAAGCCCGACUCCGACGAGUUCGAUUACCCAGGUUGCCCGUUCGCCUAUCAGGAGUUUGUGAAGGCUGUGAUUGCGUACCAGAAGAAGCUUAUUAGCUCGACUUCGGUCCCAAGGCCACUGAAACUUGAUCAAGAAAUGGAGAAGAGGAGGAGGAUGAUCGUCCGCAGUUUUUCACUGGCCAAGAAUCUGUAUACGACCGGCCAAGGGCUGAACCCAUCCAAAGAGUCCGAACUUAAAGCGGGUGCAGAAUUUCUUGAGUCGAACACGGCAUUGAGUUUGCAACAAGAGAAGAGGUUGAAGCAGAUGGGUGCGACAGUGAGGAACGCUGGGUCAUACAUCGAGAGGCUCAAGUUGAACGAAGAAAGAGAGAAGAUGGCAAGGAAUGUGAUUGGGAAGAUGUCGGUCGAACAAUUAUCUGAUCUGAUAUCCUUCUACAGAAUGAUGGAGCAGAUAUGCUCAGAAGUCCUGGAGAGAAAGCUUCAGGGCAUCGUGAACGACCUAAACACAUAGGGUGGUAUUAGGUUCAUCAUUCUGGAUUUACUCAAGAUACUGAAAAAUUUUAAAAGAUGGUACGCGAAAGCUUAUGUGGUAGCAAGCCGUUUGUUGUUUUGUUGUCAAGGGUCAUGUAAUCUUGAAAUGUAGAGAAGAAGACCAUGAAUACGGCACAAGCAGCCACAUACGUUUUUGUAUAUCAAUUUCUGUAGAGUACUCGUAUCUCUAGGACUACUAUUUGUUGGCUGAUGUCGAUAGCUGUUAUUAGGGUGGACCGUAGACAUAAAAGGGCUCACGGGGAACUUGACUGUGGCUCUUUUCAUUGUCAUAUCUCCACAUGUAUUGUUGCCUCUCCGCUCAUUCCUUUUGAAAGAGCUGCUAUCAAUCGACACACUCAAUUUGUUUUA